AUGCUCUCCUGGGUAUACCCGCUACGAGUCGUGCAGGCGAUAUUCGCCCUGGCCACGAUUGGUGUCACCGCGUAUGUGAUCGGCUCUCUCUAUAGCGAGUGGUCCUUCUCCAAUGUGGUCUAUUUCAUGCUCUUUAAUGGCUGCUGGACAACCGCCAUCGCAGUCCCCUACCUCGGCAUGGCCCCUCUCUGGCUGCCGCGCUUCUCACAUGAAUUCGUCAUCCCCGCUAUGGAGAUCAUUACCGGUGGGCUGUGGUUCAGCGGCUUCAUUGCCAUGGCGGCGUUGAUCCCGGGACCUGGGUCUUGCAACUUCCCCAGCUGCCAUGCUUUGCAGGCGCAGAUUGUGAUUGCCGCGGUGGAAUGGGCCAUGUUUGCUGUCACCAAUUACUUUGCCGUCUUGGACUUGGUGAACUCGCGCCGCGGCAGGAAACAGGAAAAUGACCAGCCUGUUGCGGAGGUCAAUGCCCAGUCGGGUGUCAGUGGUCAGCAGAAUGGUCAAGAGACUGUCUGA